AUGUUCUCUGGGUCCAUCUCGGAAACAAGCGGCAUGUCUCUGCAGUGCACCAAGUCGGCGGGACACUGGAAGAUCGUGGUGUGGGAUGAGGAGGGCUUCCAGGGCCGGCGGCAUGAGUUCACAGCCGAGUGCCCCAGCGUGCUGGAGCUUGGCUUCGAGACUGUUCGAUCUUUGAAAGUGCUGAGUGGCGCGUGGGUGGGUUUUGAGCACGCCGGCUUCCAAGGGCAGCAGUAUGUGCUGGAGCGGGGCGAGUACCCAUCCUGGGACGCGUGGAGCGGCAACACGUCCUACCCCGCCGAGCGGCUCACCUCCUUCCGGCCGGUGGCCUGCGCUAACCACCGCGACUCGAGGCUGACCAUCUUCGAGCAGGAGAACUUCCUGGGCAGGAAAGGAGAGCUGAGUGAUGAUUACCCCUCUCUCCAGGCCAUGGGCUGGGAUGGCAAUGAAGUGGGCUCCUUCCACGUCCACUCGGGGGCCUGGGUUUGCUCCCAGUUUCCUGGCUACCGAGGCUUUCAGUACGUGCUGGAGUGUGACCACCACUCAGGCGACUACAAGCACUUCCGGGAGUGGGGUUCUCACGCCCAGACCUUCCAGGUGCAGAGCAUCCGAAGAAUCCAGCAGUGA